CUUUCAGUUCACCUCCGCCGACCCCUCACCCCAACUCCAAUCCCCUCUCCUUUUUUCCUUAUUCCUCAGUGUUUGCUCUAUGCACUUGACUUGCCGUCGAGUAAUGAGUAAUGUGAUCUACACCCUACUGCGCUCAGUUUACACAAAGAUAAUUGGAUGUCAAGAAGGCUCGCAGCGCUAACUCAGGAGGCACACACUUCGAUGAGCCUGGACUUCCCGCGUCCACCACGCGCUGUUGACUUUAUGAUUCCUGAAGCAUCCUCGAAUGGCGUCAUCCCCAUCCCGUGCGGUCAACUGUUACGAGAGGUGAUGACCACCAGAGAUUCCGGGAUAGAUGCUGAGAAAACAAAGUUUGUCCGAGGCGGUCAGCGCCGGUGUUGAUACAAUCCCUCACGGCGUGCACGCUUCGCUGGGUUUUGUUCAAAUUCGGACCAAUUCAAGAAAGUCACUCUCUCACAGCUGGACUGCUCUACGCCGUCAAUAGUCAAUUAAUUUCCCUUCUUAAGACAGAACUUGCUUUCGUCUGAGGUUCGUCUGAGCUCGUAUCAAAAUGCCUGGAUCACCAUACAUCAGCUACCAAAGCAGAUCUAGCGAGUCUGUGGAAAAUGUUGGCGUUCCGUACGAGGAUCGUCCUUACCACUCAGAUAACAUCCCACCAGACUGGGCAGACGACGAUGCAUCUAGUGCCAUUGUGGUGUCCACUGACAGUUGUCUUCAAUCAAAAAGUCUCCCAAGCACUGGCGGAUUCAUAAACUUCCACCGUGUAUGGCUCGGCCUUGCAGUGACGCUGGCGUGCUACAACACGGCCUUCAUGGCCACCCUACCUCUAACCGCUCAGUAUCUCACUCAUCGGGUGGCCCACGACUGGUACAACUUCAGUAACUUCAGCAAAGAGAUCCCAUGCACCAAGGAGGCGAACACUUCGGCUACAAGAACACGUGACGAAAUCCAGAAAGUAGUGUCCUCCUUCUCCCUCCUCAUUAACUACGCUUCCUCCCUCCCCGCCAUCUUGACCUGCCUCCCUUACGGCACUCUCUCGGAUCAUGUUGGGCGCAAGAAAAUGAUGUUCAUCCCUCUGAUAGGAGGAUUUGUCCGGAUGUUCGUCUACCUCCUUGUGGUCAAACUGGAGCUCAGCCUCAACUAUCUGUUCCUGGGAAGCGCUGCUGAUGGGCUGUGUGGUUCCUAUCCUGCGAUGUCGAUGAUUUCUGCUGCUGCUGUCGCUGAUAUUACAAUGUCCUCAGGGGGGAGAGCGCUCAGUUUUGCUGUAAUAGAAGCUAUUCUCAUAAUAUCUUCAGCGGUAGCCAAUCUCUCUGUUGGUUAUUUUAUCAUGUACGAAGGGUAUUUCUAUCCCACGGUCAUGAUGUCGGGACUCGCUCUCAUAGCGUUUUUGGUAGCAGCAACUGUAUUUCCAGAGACAAAUACGGAGAGGGCAAAAGCAAGUGCAAACCCUUUGAAACACCUGAAGAGAAUCGUGAGUUUCUACACAUUUGCGGGAUCUGUGCGAAGGAGGGUUCUGUACAGGAUUGGCUUGUUCAUGUUUUUUCUCAACAUAGUGGUCAGCAUUGGGAGAUCUCCAGUGGAAACUUUGUACCAGCUUAACAGUCCCUUCUGUUGGAACUCUGUCAAGAUUGGGAUAUUCGGUGCCAUUCAGUCAACUGUACAGAUCACCUGCAGUGUGAUGGCGCUACGUAUCCUGAAGUUGCGCCUCCAGCUUGAGUCUAUAGGAAUCCUGGCUCUCCUCUGUGCGAUUGCUGGAUUUGUUAUAGAAGGAUUUGCUAUGUCAGACUGGAUGUUGUAUGCUGUUUUCCGUUCCAUGACCUAUGACCUGUAUGUUCUGAUCCCAGGAGCCCUUUUCGCCAGCCUGUCUGUAGUGGAUGCGGUCUGUGGCAUUCUUUCCUUCACGACGUAUAGCAGUGUCUACCUUAGUACUGUGCAGUGGUACAGGGGAACCGUCUUUUUUGUCAUGGCUGGCAUUUGUGCCGUGAACAUUCUGCUUUUCCUCGCUUUCAAGAAAGUCAAUACGAAAUUUGACUACGAAGAGAUCACUUGCACUGUUGAGCCACCACUUCAUUCUGCCCGGGUUGGUAAAGGAGGUCUACAUCCUCAAAGCAACAGAGCAGUGAACGAAACUCGCUGAAGAGAGCAUUUUGUUGACGCACGGACUUCUUUGUCUUCUUCUUCUUCUUCUUCUUCUUCUUCUUCUUCUUCUUCUUCUU